AUGUCGUUGAUCAAGUAUCUAUUGGAUUUAGAGAAGCUCGUUUUCUCACUAGGGCUUUCGGAUGCACGUUCAGCCAGAUUCUGUGACAACACUGGAGUAAUCAGAGCUCCAGGAGAUAUCAUCAUCGGAGGGAUCUUUCCAAUCCAUAGAAAAGUGGCCUUAGCUAACAGAACAGAACCUGGACCAUUAGAAUGCUCGGAAUUUAAUACUGCCACAUUCCUCAUGGCCCAAGCUAUGGUGCAUUCUAUUGAGCAGAUGAAUAAUUCUACCUUGCUACCGGGUGUCAAAUUAGGAUAUGAAAUUUAUGACAGCUGCGCUGAUGUUGCCCCUGCAAUACAAGCCACCAUGAAAUUUCUUUCCAAGUUUAAUUCCUCAGACAAGAGUGUCAAAAUUCACUGCAAUUACACAGAUUAUUUACCAGCUGUAAAAGCAGUUGUAGGUGAUUUGUUUUCAGAAAUCUCAAUCGUGAUUGCAAGAAUGUUGAACGUCUACCUCAUCCCACAGAUAAGUUAUGUGUCAUCAGCAGAAAGCCUCAGCGACAAAAUGAAGUUUGCGUCAUUUUUCCGAGCUGUUCCCAGCGACAAGCAUCAAACAUUUGCCAUUGCCAAACUUCUUCAACGUCUGGAGUGGAACUGGAUUGGAGUCCUAGCAACUGAAGAUGAUUAUGGAAUAGCAGCAAUGAACAGUUUAAUUUUACAAGCACAGAAACUGGGAACAUGCACUGAUUUUCGUUUCCUAAUCCCUGUUCAUAACAUGAAAGGACAGGACCAUUACAUCAAAAAAGCUGCAGAAAAAAUUAUGAAUUCAAGUGCAAAAGUUAUUGUUGCAUUUCUUAGAUCAUCAGCAAUUAAGGAACUGUUAAAAAUAUUGAUUGACAAUCAAGUAAAUAAAACUUGGAUCGCCAGUGAUGCCUGGUCUAAUUCUAAGGAAGUUGCCAGCAUGAUUCAAGCUGAAAAAGUUGGAACUAUUUUGGGCUUUACGUUCAAAAAUGGAACCAUUCCAAAUUUUAAUGAAUACCUGAAGAAACUGGUGACACAUCCCAAAAAUACUGAUGAUUUUACUAGAGAAUUUUUUAGCCUUUCAAAUAAUAGCUACAGAAGUAAUGUUUCUCAGAAAUGCACAAGUUCGCAGUCAACUGAAUCUUGUCAAUAUUCCAAAAUAACAGAAAAUAUUAAUGAUGCGUACAGCUAUUGUGUAUAUUUAGCUAUCAAAGCCAUUACUCAUGCUCUUCAGAAGGUACUCAAUUGUGAUAAUCAAAAAUGUAAUAGAAAUUUUGAUUUUGCACCAUGGCAGUUGCUCAGUGAAAUGAAAAAGGUUCGGUUUCCAACAGAAAAUGGAUCCUUUCAUUUUGACAGUUCAGGAGAUUACUCCAGUGGCUAUGACUUAAUACACUGGAAAACAGUGAACAAUUCUACAGAAUUUAUCACAGUUGGUAACUAUAAUGCAGAAACAGAAUCAAUUACCUUCCAGCCUGGUUUUAAUGAAAUUGCAAAGAUUGGAGAAUUUCGUUGCUCACACACCUGUAAACCUGGAGAAAGAAAGACUGUUUCACUUGAAAAUAGUUGUUGCUACAGUUGUAGUGUCUGCCUUGAGGGAACUUACUCAGACAAAAAUGAUUCCAACGAGUGUACCCGGUGCCAAGACGACGAAUGGUCCAAUGCAGGUAGUUCAGAAUGCCAGAAAAGAACAGUGGAUUUUCUGAAAUGGAGUGACGGAUUAUCUAUUGUGCUGGUUGUAAUUGCCAUCUUAGGAGUACUUAUAAUAGGUAUGGUAGGCAUAAUGCUUACAAAACAUCUGAGUACACCGGCUGUGAAGGCUGCUGGAGGUUGGAUGUGUUACAUUAUGUUGUUCUCACUGGUGAUUUGUUUAGUCAGCUCUGUAUUCUUCAUUGGAGAGCCCACUGAACUCAUUUGUAAAAUUCGCCAUCCACUCUUCAGCCUCAGCUUUACGCUUUGUGUUUCUUGUAUUUUGGUUAAGUCCUUUAGGAUCAUUCUGGCCUUCAGUUUUAAUCCGACCGUCCGUAAGAAUCUAAGGCUUUUUUAUAAGCCAUUUCCUGUUAUAAUUACUGUCACAGCAGUUCAAGUGAUCAUUUGUUCAUCAUGGUUAUGUCUGGCUCCUCCUAAGAAAAUUAAAAAUACAACCAAGCCCAAAAAAAUUCUGUUACAAUGCAGUGAAGGUUCCCGUACAGCUUUCGGAAUAAUGUUAGGGUACACUGCUUUCCUUGCCUGCAUCUGUUUCAUUCUUGCUUUCAAAGGAAGGAAGGCUCCUAAAAUGUAUAACGAGGCAAGAUUCAUCACCUUUAGCAUGCUUGUUUACCUAAUUCUGUGGAUUUCUUUUGGAAUCAUUUAUCUCAACAUGGGAGAAAACAAAUACAUGGCAAUAGUUCAAUCAUUUGCAAUAUUAGCAUCGGUCUACAGUUUUUUAAGCUGUCAUUUUUUCCCAACCUGUUAUGUAGUUCUUUUCAAGAAGGAAAGCAAUGUUGAGUCAAAUUAUUUGACACAGGCACGGGAACAUUUCAAACAGAAAGGGCAGUUUGUGUGUCCCAUCGCAAAAAUGCAAAGGAUCUCUCAGAUUUCUAAUGAAGAAGAGACUUCUAACACUACAGCAGUCAAAGCAAGUACUGAAAGUGAAUGCCCCAGUAAUCAGAAAAUUGGUCACAUAUACCAUAACAUUAAUUUUCAGCCUUAUAGAGUAUCAGAUUGCUUGAGAAAACGGCAUAAGAGUUGUUAAUUUUUUUUUAGCUCAAAUGUAGAAGUACAUGAUAAAUUAUUAGAUUAGAUUAGAUUAUCUUUACUUGUCACAUGUACAUUGAAACCAUUGAAACAUACAGUGAAAUGCAUUGCCUUGGG